AUGGAUGAACAAGAAGCCCGAUUGCUUGAUGCUGAAGUCAAGAACAAGUCACUGGGUGACGAGAUUCAACGUCUCACCUCUGUCGUUACAGAUCAAAGCACCACAAUCAAUAAUCUUCGUUUAUCUAUGGCCGACCUCGAUCAAUAUUCGCGAAGGAACUAUCUUCAGGUAUUUGGAAUAGAAGAACAAGAUAAUGAGUCAACGGAUGACGUCAUAUGUCAACUAGCGCGGGAUUCCCUCGGAGUGAUUAUUUCAAAGGAUGACAUUGAUCGUUCACAUCGAGUCGGUGACCCGAGGAAACAACCGAGGAGGAAGAAUGGGAAACCCGGAGUUCGUCCAAUCGUUGUAAAGUUUACAUCUUAUAGAACCCGUCACACCAUAAUCUCCCGUCGUCGUCGAUUAAAAGGCACGAACAUUGUUAUUCAGGAACAAUUGACAAAAGCCAAUCUACAACUCUUGAAAAACGCGAAGAAGAUGAAGAACGUAAUCAAUGCAUGGUCUAGUGACGGUCGUGUGAUUGUAAAACUCCAAGCAUCAAACGAUUCCGGAAACGCGGAACAAGGCCGAACGUUUGUGUUUGCUAUUCCACAAUUCUACAAUAAUCCAGAAGGACUUGUAGCAACCCUUACUGUUAUUGGUACAUCGAGAAAUGCGACCCAAGUUAAAGUUAACAUCAGGGAAAUUGACUUUGCAGAAUCCAGAGUAGUAUCUUACCACCAAGCCUCUAUGAUCGCUUUGCCGCGGUCUGUAGUAGCGGACGUAAGAAACAGCCAUGCUAUGACAGUGACAGUUUCAUCUUCGAAUGACAUAUCGGUACGGUGUCGAGUGGAAUACGAAUUUGACCUAAAUCAUCCCGGUGAAGGUUUUCUAGUUCUUCCAGUAGCAUCUCUCAACACCGAAUAUUUCAUAGUUACAGCGGCAACACCUGAGGAAAACCUUGCUCAGUAUAAGGGUAAACCAAAUCAUUCUCUUUUCACCAUAUCUGCAGCGUACCACGACACGAUUAUUCAUAUCGAAACAGUUGCACCGUUGAAUGUCUCCCAUCAAUUCUUCCCUUCCAAGAAACAUAUAAAUUUAUCUCUAAACAAACACAAGAGCAUAUUAAUAAGCAGCUCAGAAAACCUUAGCAGGACACGCGUUACUGCGUCUAAGCCCAUUGCAGUAGUGAGUGGAAACGAUUGUGGCAUUAUCCCUGGCAUCAAGAGCCAUCCCACGUCCUGCUACUUUAUGGUGGAACAACUUUUACCAACAUCUUUUUGGGGUGUUGAGUUCGAAGUGAGUCCCUUCCAGUUUGAGACGAGUCAUCAUGUAUUAUACUUUGCCGUUUUGGGUGAGGAUACAGAAGUUACCAUUAAUGAUGACGUUAAGCGAGUACUCAGCCCGGACAAGAAUAUGGGCUUCAUCCAACGCCUCUCUGGUUCGCAUGUUACGCAUGUAUCGUCAAACUUUCCGAUCAUGAUCGUGCACUUCAUUCAGAAGACAGUAUCUUUGGGAGUGUCAGGUGCAAUGACAAUUGUCCCAUCAGCUCAAGAGUUUGUUAGACGCGCGUACGUGGCCGUACCCGCCCCAAGAAGAUUUCAAGAUAGGAAUGUUGACUUCUCGGUUUGUAUCGUCACUAACUGCUCACUUAUGAACAAUAUUCGGGUCAACGGGAAUCCAUUAAACCCCCAGUCCCAACCAGUUCGUCUACUUCGAGGGCAUUUUUGCUCUAUUGAUCUCCGCAUUUAUACCGGUGCUGGAAAAAUAGUUACCAUCUCAAGUUCGUCCGAAAUGGCCCGCAUGUUAGUCACAGCAAAGAGACACGAAUGUGGUCUUUUAGAUUUUGCAUAUCCUGUCUCUUUAGGACUGGGGAUGAAUGGUUUAGCAGGCAAUUCUAGUUCCUGUUCAGAUGAUGUCGCUGAAGAAACACCAGAGAUUCAUCUCACAGAGGAUGAAGAUAAAAUGUUCCGGUUUAUCUGGUACGCAUGUAUUGGAGGUGCUGGACUUAUCUGCUUAGUUGCUGUCAUAAUCUCUGCGUCUCGUAAAAGUUCCUCGAGGAUACAUUGCGAUGUCAAGUGCUGUGUCCGUCGUUCUCAAACCACAUCGUCCACAGACUACGACGAUUUCAGUCUGGACCAACUCUCCUUCCACCGGUGCCCAUCCUCCAUGUGUUCGAGCAACGGCAUAACGUCUAUGUCACAUUCUUACGAGUAUCAAUUAACGCCGUACAGUAACAGUACAUCCCAUCAGAUUAGUACUGUACCAGAGUGUCGUGUUGAUGUCGCUGCUGAAGGCUCCUACGCCACCAUUGGACACUGAUCUGGCUUUCUAACCCGUCUACCUGAUUGGUAAACCUUUAACGCAUUUCGAAGAACCUAUGGCUCGUUUUUGGAUGCCAACAGUUUUGUUUCUUAAACAAUAUGGUUCGUUCUAUUUUUUGCACUUUUACUCCUAAAUGAUAAAAACGUCUUAAUUGCAGAUAUUCUGGAUUUAUAAACGUCAGAGUUUUGUUUGAAAUUACCUAAUUUCUCAACAACUUUACUCGCAUAAACUCUUACAUUUUACGUAUUCUGUAAAUCACCAUACUACUUGUUAAAUUAAGUAAGAAUCUAGUUAUGGGAGUUUGAAUCAUAUGAAGGAGUAAUGGAAACCAAAAAAGUAAAAAACAAUUCUUGGGUUUGGGUCUCAUUUUUCACAUGUAAGUGGAAACUUUUACAGAAUGGUACACUUGAGUGAGUGUUGUCCGUAUUUGUAAUGGUCCCGGAAAUCAGUUUGCAAAGAAAUGCUCAUUUUCACCGUUCACGCUGUAUCAAGGAAAAAUAAAACGAAAACAAACUCAGCGUGUCGUACAUUUAUCAAACAUUCUUUAUGCAUUUUUAGCAAAUUGAAAUAUAACAGAUACAUUUAAACAUUUUUAAAACAACUUUGCUAAGGAAGUACAAUGGCUAUUUUUUGCGCCAGCUGAAUCUGAGGACAUAACUGAAUGGAAGCAGAUGCUUAUUGGAGACAUCUCCAGCAUUCUUUUACCAUUCAAGUGUUUAUCAUUCAAAGUGGGAACAAAUUUCAUACUUC